UCUUACCUCUGACUCCCUGGGGCUGCAGUUGGUCUUGCUCACGCUUGUGGGAGUAAAUAGGUGAUUUGGGACUAAAAUCCUGUCUUUCCUUCCCCAAGAUCACAGCACAGACUGGCUCCUGGCACCACCAAGCCAAACUGGAUUUCAACUGGUGAUCUGUAAGGUGAGAUGCUGCGUCUUCCUGCUCUGUCCCUGGGCUGCUCAAGACCACGCGAGGCCACCGAAACUGCCUAAGCUGCCAUAGAAAAGUUCGGGGCGGGCUUUGCGCCUGCGGCUCUUUCAGACCUGACAGGCAGUUUCUCCCCUGUCUCGGAGGAGCAGCAAGUCCCACGUGGGUGCGUGCCCCUUGGCCAGCAUGACGAGCGAGGUGGUGGAGAACGAGUUUGAGUUUUACUCCAAGGCGGAGAAGUACUGGAAGGACGUGCCUGCCACGGUGGAUGGCAUGCUGGGGGGCUAUGGCCAUAUCUCGAGCAUCGACAUCAACAGCUCCAGGAAGUUCCUGCAGAGGUUUCUACGGGAUGGCCCCAACCGGACAGGGACAACUCGGGCUCUGGACUGCGGGGCAGGCAUCGGACGGAUCACCAAGCGGUUGCUGCUGCCUCUCUUCAAGACGGUGGACAUGGUGGAUGUGACGGAGGACUUCCUCACCAAGGCCAAGAGCUACCUGGGAGAGGAGGGCAGGCGGGUGCGCAACUACUUCUGCUGCGGCCUCCAGGACUUCAGCCCUGAGCCAAACUCCUACGAUGUCAUUUGGAUCCAGUGGGUCAUCGGACACCUCACUGACAACCACCUCUCCGACUUCCUGAGGCGGUGCCGUGCCGGCCUGCGGCCCAACGGCAUUGUGGUCAUCAAGGACAACAUGGCUCAGGAGGGCGUGAUCAUGGACGAUGUGGACAGCAGUGUCUGCCGGGACCUGGACGUGGUCCGUAAGAUCAUCCGCCGAGCUGGGCUGCACCUCCUGGCCGAGGAGCGCCAGGAGAACUUCCCCGAUGAGAUCUACCACGUCUACACCUUUGCCAUGAGAUGAGGGCGGCUGGUGGUGGGAGAAGGUCUCUCCGGGGCCAGCUCGGAGCACAGGCCAGCACAGUGGUUCCUGCCGGGGCUGGGAGGGGUGAGGACUGUGCCUUCACCACAGGGUGGCAGAUGGUGGCGAGGGUGUCGUGACUCCCUCUCUCCGGGGCUGGUGACAAGGACGGGGCUUUGUCUUCCAAGUUGCUGCUGUUUGUGAAAAAGAGGUGUUUGCCAAAUACAUUUUCCUGCUGUUGCACUUCUGCGCGUUGGCUUUUGUCAGACGUGCUGUUGGCUUGAUGCCACCUUUGGGGGCUCUGUACAGAAGCAAGGGGGUCUCUCCCCUCCAAGAGGCGUGCUUGGUGGGCACCAGCAGGUUGCUGACAGCAGUCACACAGGGCUCCUGUUGGCCAACAGGAGCUCGUAGCAGCUCUGUGAGGGUCUGGACUCUCUUCCUCACUUGGGUGUUUGACCCUUUACCGCUCUUGAAGUUGCUGCUGCUGCUCAUAGCAACAAGCUAGGGAAGGCAAAUGGGAGAAACGGCUGCCAUUUCCCCAUGGUGGCUUGGGGAGGCAACACCAGGUGCUGCAGCUUUGGGGGGGGCCUCUCUAAACCCAUGAGCAGGUCACCCACACGUGCAGCAAAAAGGGAGGUGGCUGUAAUCCUGAGUCCCCCACAUCCUCCUCCAGGGAUAGGGGUAACCCAAAGCCCUGCAACCCUGGGAGAGAGCUGGUGCGCUCUGGGCAUUAAUGGGGAACCCACUCUGAGCAGCCUCCGGACCCCCCAGCCCGUUACCGCAGGCUCACAGUGAUGCCCAGUGCCUCCUGCUUGAACGCUGGGGUGCUAUGGCUGCUCCUCCAACAACCCACACCAUCACCCGGCUUUGAACACUCCCGUCUCCUCCUUGGCCACAUCCACUUAAUUUUGCCCAAGUCCAGUCACGUGCUCUUGCCAACCCAGCUGGCAGAACAGCUUGCCAGGUGGGCAAGGAGACCCCGGUUGCAGCCCAUCCCUCCAGU